AAAAGCCUCAAUCCCGUGGUGGGGUCAGGGUGUCAGCACAGCAGCUAUUUCAAGACCGAACGAGCUUUGAGGGCCGUGAAUUCACGAGGUGUGCUUUCUGAGGUUGACCUGGACUCACGAGAUGCAGCCUGAAUUCUUCCAUUUAUAUCCAAGCAUCGUACCUUUUUCCUCACACACAUUCCUUGUGUGUGGGGCCGUGUACUUGGCCCUGUAUUAAAAGCAGGGUCCGGCUCUGCAGUAACUGGUAUGAACCCUCUUUCUCCUUAUUUAAAUGUGGACCCUCGAUAUCUUGUGCAGGAUACAGAUGAAUUUAUUUUACCGACUGGAGCUAAUACAACCCGGGGCAGAUUCGAACUGGCCUUCUUUACCAUUGGAGGGUGCUGCAUGACAGGGGCUGCAUUUGGGGCGAUGAAUGGUCUACGGCUAGGAUUGAAGGAAACUCAAAACAUGGCCUGGUCUAAACCAAGACACGUACAGAUUUUGAAUAUGGUGACCAGGCAAGGGGCACUUUGGGCUAAUACUCUAGGUUCUCUGGCUUUGCUCUAUAGUGCGUUUGGUGUCGUCAUUGAGAAAACGCGAGGUGCAGAAGACGACCUGAACACGAUAGGCGCGGGCACCAUGACAGGCAUGUUGUAUAAGUGUACAGGUGGUCUUCGGGGGGUAGCACGUGGUGGCCUAGCAGGACUAACACUGACCAGCCUCUACGCACUAUAUAACAACUGGGAGCACAUGAAAGGCUCCUGGAUCCAACAGUCACUCUGAAGACUUUGCCAACAUGUGGAUGGAGGACACUUAGUAGUCAGCCAAACCAAUUUAUAAGUCUGGAGGUGGUCUCUCUUCUACCUGCAGUUAGUUUAAAAAGUUGGAGAUUGUUUUUGCUGUGAUGAAGAUCACUGAUGGUUACCAGGACUGGCAGUCUAGCCAUUUGUGAGUUGGAGCCAAACUUCUUUGAAGGCUCCCUGAGUAAUAUGGUUCUCUUCUCCUUUGGAGACCUUGCACACAUUUCUCCUUGAACUGGAAAACCACUUACUCCCAGAAUCCAGGUCAUGUUUAUCAGCAAGUUUGAUUCAGUGAUCCUAAUGUUAUCCUGUAUUCCCAAUAAAGGGUGAAAACAGAACCGGAGUCAUAACUCCAACAUAAA